ACAGAACUCUACCCAUCAAGCACCAAACAUUUCCUCAUUCCACAGGCAUUUUCAGUAAUAUAUUCAAUCACUUUACAUUCAAUGGAACAUCAAAACAUGGUUAUGAUCAUAACCCUUAUGCUAGUUACCUUGUUUUCAACCGGUGCCAUUGCACAAUCAACCGAUUGCACCAAUGUGCUAAUUAGUAUGUCACCCUGCCUCAAUUACAUAUCCGGGAACUCAUCGACUCCCUCAACCGGAUGCUGCACACAGCUCACCUCUGUGGUUCAGUCCCAGCCUCAAUGCUUGUGUCAGGUCCUCAAUGGUGGCGGCUCCUCCUUGGGACUCAACAUAAAUCAGACACAGGCUAUGGCCCUGCCUAAGGCUUGCAAUGUCCAGACUCCCCCCGUUAGCCGGUGCAAUGCUGCUGGUUCGCCUGCUGCCUCUCCUGAUGCAUCGCCAAAUUCUCCAAACGCAAACCCUUCAGAUGGUGGAUCAAAAACAGUGCCAACUACCGGGGAUGGGGAUGGUUCGUCUAAUGCAACUUCCACCAAGUUGGGAGCUUCUCUGCUCUUCUUCCUUCUGUUCAUAGCGUCAUAUAUGUCCACCUGAUUUUUCACAAAGCCUACGGGCCUUUCACUAUAUCCUAUGUAUACAAGUAUCACACAGUUCUCUUUCUUAUUUCUUAGUUGGGAUUCCUCUAGAGUUGAUAAGUCAUUGUAUUAUUCAUUCAACUAUGACCCGUUUUGGAGGUCUAUCUGAUUUUGUAUGGUCGAAGAGACUUUGUCACUUCUUAUUAUAAUAAAGAUGAUACAUCUCUUUUA